AUUUCCCACCAUGCCCUUUUGAAACGACGCACGCGCAAAUGGGUUUAUUUGACACGCAUAACCGGAAGCUCCAUUGUGGGAUUGACCGAAGAAGACUUGGUGUGAUGGAGAGGUGAUGUUCCAGUCAGAGGAGCGCUAAAGGCCAGAGAAGCUAUGACUGAGUGCUUCCUACCCCCCAGCAGCAGCCCUGCAGAGCAGCGCAGGGCUGAGCACCCGGGGGGCGUUGCUCGUACCCCCAGCUCCGAGGAGAUCAGCCCUACCAAGUUCCCCGGGUUGUAUCGUGCCAAUGAACAUUCGCCGCCUCAUGAUGGACAUCACCACGAGGCACCUGACACAUACGUCUCUGACGAUGACAAGGAGCACAGCAAGAAGAAGAACAAGUUUAAAAAGAAGGAGAAAAGGACUGAGGGAUACGCCGCCUUCCAGGAGGACAGUUCGGCAGAUGAGGCGGAGAGCCCCUCCAAAAUGAAGCGCUCCAAGGGAAUCCACGUGUUCAAGAAGCCGAGCUUCUCCAAGAAGAAAGAGAAGGACUUUAAGGUGAAGGAGAAGGGCCCCAAAGAGGAAAAGGCCAAAGAUAAAAAGUCCAAGGACCUGACGGCAGCAGAUGUGGUCAAACAAUGGAAGGAGAAGAAGAAGAAGAAGAAGCCUGUUGCAGAGUCAGAGCCAGUCCCAGUGGAGACCCCCACCAUCAGGCCCAUCUUUGGAGCCCCGCUGGGUGAAGCGUUGAAGAGGACGGCUCUGUACGACGGCAUCCAGCUGCCCUCCAUCUUCAGAGAAUGUGUGGACUACAUAGAAAACUAUGGCAUGAAGUGUGAGGGUAUCUACCGGGUCUCAGGUAUGAAGUCUAAGGUGGAUGAACUGAAAGCCGCCUACGACCGUGAGGAGUGCCCCUGCCUGGAGGAGUACGACCCCCACACCGUCGCCAGUCUGCUGAAGCAGUACCUCAGAGAGCUGCCCGAGAACCUGCUGGGUCGAGACCUGGCCCAGAGGUUUGAGGACGCCUGCGGUCGGCAGACGGAGGCCGAGAAAGUGACGGAGUUUCAGAAGCUGUUGACUGAAGUGUCUCCUGAGAGCCGACUUCUCCUCUCCUGGCUCGUCACACACAUGGACCAUGUCAUCGCCCGGGAGUCGGACACCAAGAUGAACAUUCAGAACAUCUCCAUCGUCCUCAACCCCACCAUACAGAUUGGGAAUCGUGUCCUUUACAUCUUCUUCACACACGUGAAGGAGCUGUUUGGGGACGUUGUCCUGAAGCCGGUGGUGCGGCCGCUCCGAUGGUCCAACAUGGCAACGAUGCCGGCUCUGCCCGAGACGCAGGAGAGCGUCAAGGAGGAGAUUCGUCGUCAGGAGUUCCUGCUGAACCGUCUGCACAGAGACCUGCAGGCAGGUGUGAAGGACCUUUCCAAAGAGGAGAGACUCUGGGAGGUUCAGAGAAUCCUGACUGCUCUGAAACGCAAGCUGAGGGAGGCCAAACGGCAGGAGUGUGAGAGUAAGAUAGCUCAGGAAAUCGCCAGUCUGUCAAAGGAAGACGUGUCAAAAGAAGAAAUGACCGAGAAUGAAGAGGAAGUAAUCAACCUGCUUUUAGCACAGGAGAACGAGAUCCUGACGGAGCAGGAGGAGCUGAUUUCUCUCGAGCAGGUGCUGAGGAGACAGAUCGCCACGGAGAAGGAGGAAAUUGAAAGGCUGCGGGCAGAGAUAGCAGACAUUCAGAGUCGGCAGCAGGGUCGCAGCGAGACGGAGGAAUACUCCUCAGACAGUGAAAGUGAGAGUGAAGAUGAGGAGGAGCUGCAGAUGAUUCUGGAAGAUUUGCAGAAACAAAAUGAGGAACUAGAGAAUAAAAACACUCACCUGAACCAGGCCAUCCACGAGGAGCAGGAAGCCAUCCUGGAGCUUCGAGUUCAGCUCCGCCUCCUGCAGAACCACAAACAACAGCAAGUGCUGACUGUCCAGCCUCCAACCGAGCAGGCUCCGCCCACACAGCUGAGCCCGGAUGUCUGCAUCGAAGACCAGACCAAACGCUCCGUCCCUGCAGUGGUUGCAGCUGCCACCGAUACACCUGCCGCCACCAACGGAAAAAUGGGCAAGGAUCCUUCGAAGCCCUCGCCGAGCAAAGACGGGAGAGACACCAACAUGUGAGACAGACAUGACUCCUCCGUUUGUCGGUCGUCCUGUUGUGAAGCAUUUAUUAGUGAUCCUGGCCAAGGAGAAUCCUCCUAUAAAGUCUGUGGCAUCAUGACUUUGUUUCUUAUUUUAUGCAAAACACAAAAGCUAGAAGCAGAGUGUCGGCUGCUGCAGACGACGGGCUACUUCUGUGUGUGAGACUCCCAGGGACCAUGGAAUUUCAAAUCUGCAGUGCCAAGCGCGUUUGGAGGAGGAGAAGGUGGAAAGUAAGGGAUCCUGAGGCGAUUCUUGGUUUUAUUUUCCUCGGGUAGUAAAGUUAAUAAAUUAUCAAAAAGCAGAGUUUCCAUUUAACUCCGUUUUAUUGCAAAUUUUCUAUUCAGUUAGCGACUGCUGUGCCAUAACUCCAAACGCCACGCGAUUCCCCGACAACCACUGAUACAAAAGCUCUUUAAAUAAAGAAUUUACGAUUGGUCGAUUUAUAUAUUAUAUAUUUUAGUUCUGACCAAUAAAACGUUAAAUAAUUACUUAGCUUUAAUUUAUAGCUUAUAAAGGAGAAUGUGUUUUUGCCAACUUUGAACAGCAGAGGCACGAAGUCUAUGCAGCCAACAAGUUGAUGAAAACAGGCAACAACAAAAAAAAACUGCAAAAAUCUAGACGGAGCGCAAAUUUCUUUUCUGUUUUCUCUGCAUCUUUAUGUGCAAACAAAGAAAAGUAGAGAGUUGCAUUCUUUUUCUGUUGAAUGUUAAUUUAACCAUUUGUUUUCACAUCUAGAAUUUGCAGAACCCCCCUGCAGAUUUUGGUCGUGUAUUUGAGUUCUGUUUUUUAGGUUUCUCUCGUGUGAAAGUAAUCAUAGUUACAGGUAAUUUCAAAGUGGAUUUAUGCAGAAGACUGUCAUUGUUUAAUGUCGUUCUUUGCUGUACAUUACUGUAACAUUCUAAAUGCAUUUUGAGCUCUUGGUUUUUUAAUAUUAUUAUUGGGGACAAUUGGUUUGUUUUGGUCACAGCCACGUCGAUUUAAUCUCAUCUGGAUUCAUGAUUCAGCAUUAUUAAUCCUGUGACUGAAACAAAUAUGCAUCAGAUUAGGCUGAUAGGCUUCUCAUGAGUUUAUUUUCAUAUUUUUUUUUAGCUUUUGUAGCAGAUUGUUGCAGAUGGACUAAUGCUGUGAAGAAUAAAGUGUCAACUAAA